CAGUUCAGUACGUGGCGGUAAUGCACCAUAAGCUGGUUUUCCAACCGCCAGUAAACAUCACAAGAAGAAGAGCCUUACUUGCCUUAGUUGGUCACACUGAAACAACCAUUGUGCUUAGAAGUCCAGCAAAAUUCCUCAGCAGCCAUGUCAACAAAAGAAUCAAAGCCAAAUCUCAGCCAUUCCCAGGUUAUGGAGAUUAUCAAACGAGUCUAUGGUUUGACAGUGUCCAUUAUUCGAUCGUUGCCCAGUUAUGAUGAUCAGAACUUUUAUGUAGCUCCCAGUGAGGGUGGAGAAUAUGUGUUAAAGAUUAUGAACUCAGCAGACAGUCACAACAUCACUGUUAUUGAGCUACAAACUCACUCAAUGAACUUUUUACACCAAAGAGGCCUUCCUGUCCAGACCACUUUGCCCACUCUGACUGGCCAACUCAUGAGCGUGGAAGAAUUUGAUUGUGGUUUUGGCAUGCAAAAAUAUUUAGUGCGCUUACUUACCUAUCUGCCUGGCACUACCAUAGCCAAAAUUACCUGCAGUCCUCAGAUCUUGUACGACGUUGGGAAAAUGGCCGCCACAUUGGAUACAGAAUUACUGCAAAUGGAGCAUCCAAACAUCACUGCCCUUCAGAGAGAAAAUUUUAUAUGGAAUCUCACCAGCAUUCCACUCUUAAAUCAGUAUAUUCAUGUGAUGGAUGGGGAUCCUGUACAAAAGGUUGUUAAAGCCGUUAUUGAGCAGUACCAGAUCCAAGUCAUGCCAAAGCUACUAUUGUUUCGCAAGUGCAUUAACCAUGGAGACUUCAAUGACCACAAUCUCUUGGUGAAACCUGAUGGACCCUCAAAGUACAAGAUCUCUGGGAUUCUUGAUUUUUCAGACAUGAGCUGUGGUUAUUUUAUAUUUGAGCUAGCCAUAACUAUCAUGUACAUGAUGAUUGAGAAUCCCAAUCCGGUCGAUGUCGGAGGGCCAGUGGUGGCGGGAUGGGAAAGUGUUUUUCCUCUUAGUGAGGCAGAAAGAGACUCGCUGUAUUUGCUGGUUCUGUGUCGGUUCUGCCAGUCCCUGGUUCUGGCCCGGCAUGCUGUGAUGCAGCAGCCAGAGAAUGAGGAGUACUUGAUGACCACCGCCAGGACAGGUGUGCGGCACCUCUGCCGUCUUUGGGAGCUGGGUAAAGAGGAAGUGGAAAAAAUAUGGUUCCAGAGUGCUGCGCAGUUCAGCCAACCUUGACUGAGCAUUGAAGCACAACAGCUUGCUCCAAAAAAUAUGCAAUAAACCCAAAACUAUCAACUUUCAAAUUCUAUUAACUUUUUUCCAUGGAAGACAAACAGUGACAUUUUAAAUAAUGUUCUGUAUUAAACAGCCAUCAACAAGGAAAUAUUCAUUAUCACAGUUAGUUUAAGCCCUCUAAUUUGAUUGGUCAACUGGAGUUCCAAACUUUGUUUUUGCUCUUUUUGCUUAAUGAUUUGCUUGAAAAGUGAGUUUUUCCAGUAUGAGUUAAACCAUGACCUUUCAAUAAUAUUUGAGCUGUGCCAUAAAAAAAGACCUUUGACCAAUCAGAUAAAACGCUGCAGUCGUUCAGAAUGUUGGUAACCAAAGAGUUGAUGGGCCCCAUUGACUUCCAUAGUAUUUUUAAAUAAUGACAGAAUUUUCAUUUUUGGGUAAACUACCCUUUUAAUAAAGCAGCAGAUUUUUAAUAGGGGAAAGUUUUUAUCACCCAGUUCCCAGUAUUUUGCAUCUGUAAUCUUAUUCUGUGCCUUCAUUUAAUUCAAGAAUAAAUAACCCAAACGAAAGUAUUUUCUACAAAACAGGACAUUAUUAAUACUGCACAAUUCAGAGAGUAUGAUCCCAUAAGUAUUAUGUAUGUACCACAUAUCAUAAUGAUGGAAUGUAACAAAAGGCCCCAUAAACUUUAAGGGACUGCCUAGUCUAAGCUUACUGCUCAAGAUAUGAAUAAACUGCUGACUGCAGCGUUUUAUCUGAUUGGUCAAAGGUCUUUUUUUUAUGGCACAGCUCAAGUAUUAUUGAAAGGUCAUGGUUUAGUUCAUACUGAAAAACUCACUUUUCAAGCAAAAUAUUAAGCAAAAAGAACAAGAACAAAGAUUUUGGAACUCCGGUUGACCAAUUAAAUUAGAGGGCUUAAACUAACUGAUAAUGAACAAUAUUUUCCUUGUUGAUGGCUGAUUAAUACAGAACUUAUGAAAAACAUGAUCAUAAAGGUCUUCUAAUCUUCAAAUCCAUUUCAGUUGGUUUAAUGGGUUACCAGGGAACACUUAUUAAUAAAAUGUACCACAUUGAAAGUUGCUUUGGAUAAAAAUAAAAUGGAAUUACUAGAUACUGACCAAUCAAGCACACAAAUUAAAUGUCAUAUCAAACAUCA